UAAAUGGAAGCUUUGGCUGAGCUAAGUAUCAGUACUGCUCAAGAGUUCAUCGUGAGAGUUUCAAUUUAUACCACCGGAAUGGCAAAAAUUCUUUUGAUUUCAGUUUGCUUCUUUUUCGCCUCUACAGAGGCUUUAAGUUUACCAAGCCACAAUUGCUCGGACUAUUUCACAUACGGCAUAGAUGCCAACGGGAGUUACAUUGGCAUUUUUACUGCCGAUGAAGCAGGCGUUCAAAAAUUGAACUUUUCUGCUAGGUUUAUAUUCCAUGGCGCUAAAAAUCAAGUCAGUCCUAUUAAUCCUUACCCAACCACCACGGAUGCUAUUCGUAACAUUGAAAAUGGAUAUCGUGGUCAGGCGUUUGUUCAAUUCACUAAUAGUACCAGUGAGCUGCCUACACUGUUUGCGUUUGUCUUUAAUGGGAAGGUUUUGUGUAGAUCCUCGAUUGACACUUUUCGUAUGCCUUAUAGCACAAUGGGAACCAAAAUAACAAUAAAAACUUUCCAGCCUAUACGAAAACUUAAAGACACUCGGCCAAUAAUGCACCCAAUCUUUCCCCAAAUUGAGCCCAAAAUAAUCGUAUAAUGCAGAAAUAAUAUAUAUAACACGAUUAACAAAUACAAAUCAAUAUAUAUGAUUAAUGGAAUCACCUCUUCUUAAUCAUAUGUGUUAAAUGGAAAAUACACAGAAGAUAAAAGAAAUUGGUUUCUACCAGAGCGAGUAAGACUCGUUUUAAUUCCGAAUCGUCUUCAACUUGGAAAAUAAAUAUUAACCAGAUGUCAAUAUACUAUUUAGUAUGCAAUUAUUUAGGUUGGGCUUGCAACCAUUUAUUUUUUCAAAAUUAUAAUAAAAACUAAAUUCCGUUUUCGUACUCAAAUAAGCAUGAUAAGUACUUACCUUUCGUCCCAAAGCUGAAGGCAGUCAGCCAAGAGAAGAGGGCCGAAAUCCGUUGGCCAAAAAAGAAAUGUAGACGAACCGCAAAGGAGUGGAGCCAGCGAAGAAACACCGAGAAGGCCACUAGGAAACCACCUACUUUGUAUCAACAGAUAAAAGUAAAGUUUUUCAACAUCAUUUACUCAGGGCCAGAAUCGUAGCACUCCUGCAGACUGACUUAGUUUCAGGCUCGGCAG